AAUUAACCCGCACGAACAGUGUAUCUUAAUCAGUGAACUGGACAGGCUACACGUAGCGUUAGUAAGCUGGUGGUAAACUCUUAAAAGUGAAACGUUAGCCAAAUGCUAAGUCUUCAGUAAGUUGACGUUAGCUAACUGUUAAUUUAACAUUAGUUGUUACAGUUUUACUGCAGUGUUCAUGUUAACGCUGAGUAUCAAAGGGCUGUCUGUAGUGUAAGCUGAAUGAUGCGGUCAGACUUAUUGUUGCAACUGAAGUAAUUAUUCCAAGUUUAUUGUAGCAAAGUUAGCUAACUUAACGUUAGCUAGAGGACUUGUGAAUGAUUUAUGCAUUACAUUAGUUGGCUGAUUAUAGUCAAAUGUUAGUGCUGUCGCUUGUUUGGUCAUUACAGCCACAAAUAGGUGGCUCGCUUAAGUACCAGGGCAAUUAUAUACGUGCUUGUCAUUAAAUUCGCUUUAGCAAAAGUGUCACUGGCCACACGUAUGACUAUGCUAUGUACAUUUCUUGUGUGAGAUCGAUUUGAAUAAGUGGUUAGUCUUCUUUGGUCGUCUGAUAACUUAGCCCCAUCAUACUGGAGGAUGUCUGGUGCAGCUCUACGUUUGAUCCGCUGUCGGAGACUGAGUACAGCUGGGCCGCCUGGAGUGAAGAAAGUGCUUCAGUGGAAAGAUUUAAGGAAGGUUGCUAAAGUAACUGGUGCAGUUGUCUUGGGGGGCUGUCUUUUUAUCACUUAUGAAAUGGCGGCCUUGGACAAGGCUGUGACCAUAAACACUGGUGCAAUUCUUCAGGAGAAGUACAAGUCGUACAUAUAUCUGAGAGCCACUCCCUCCGAUGAAAAGGAGAACCGCACUGCAGAGCUCACACACAAAGCAAGGAGGGAACUCCAUAAGGCAGUAAGGCGGUUUCUGGAAAUGUCAUCUAGGAUUUUGAUGCAAUCCCUAGAUGAGCACUUUAGCCAUGUGGAUGCAGACCCACAUGAGGUGGCAUUAUGGGUCUUACUGAAGAGGACACAGUCAGCCAAUAAAGCCAUCAGACUACAGGCUGUACAGGACCUUGCAAACAAUCACCACUGGCGUGACUACCAGUACCAGACAGCAGCCCAGAUUAUAGACCAGCGAACAGCAGUGGCCCUGGCCCGGACUCCUCAGGUAGACCUUCGGUUCUUUCUGCGCACUCCUGCACUGCCUGACCAGGAGGAUGGUUUGUCAGCAGAGGAUGGUCUCAGGCAGCUGCUGGGGUCUCUGCCUCAGUCUGAGGUGGACAAAUGUGUUCAGUACUUCACCUCACUGGCCCUCAGAGAGAGCACCCAGUCCUUGGCAGCACAACGGGGUGGUCUGUGGUGUUUUGGUGGUAAUGGGCUGCCUUACGCUCAGAGCCUCACCUCUGUUCCUUCUGAGAAGGUGGAAUCCUUCUACCUACAGGCACUGGUACAGCACUCAAAGGUCCAGAGCCACUGUGACCACAUAGUUGCCAGUGGAGGUCUGCAGCUCCUCCAGAGGAUUUAUCAGCUUCGUAGAGACUCCCUAAAGAUUCAGAGGAACAUUGUUCGCAUAAUAGGAAAUCUGGCACUCAAUGAAAGCGUUCACCAGGCUAUAGCCCGGUCCGGGUGGGUGUCUGUCCUGGCUGAGAUGAUGCAGUCUCCUCAUGCCAUGCAGGCGUCUCAUGCAGCACGCGCUCUGGCCAACCUGGAUAGGGAGACGGUGAAAGAGAAAUACCAAGAUGGUGUCUAUAUCCUUCACCCGCAAACACGUGGCAACCAGCCAAUCAAAGCAGACGUGCUCUUCAUCCAUGGGAUUCUAGGGGCAGCUUUUAAGACGUGGAGGCAGAAGGAUCCCAGUACGGUAGAGGAAGAGAAGGAGGCUGAAAGCAAGGAUGACUACACAGAGUGCUGGCCAAAGUCAUGGUUAGCUGCUGACUGUCCAAAUCUGAGAGUGCUAUCAGUGGAGUAUGACAGUCACCUCAGUGACUGGAUGGCCCACUGUCCCGCGGAGAAUCGGAGGAAGUCCUUGGCCUACAGAAGUCGAGAGCUGCUAAAGAAGUUAAAGCUAGCAGGAGUUGGGGAGAGGCCUGUGGUCUGGGUAGCCCACAGUAUGGGAGGAUUGCUUGUGAAGAAAAUGCUGCUGGAUGCCUCAGAGGACCCAGAUAUGCGUGGACUGUUAAAGAACACUAAGGGCAUUAUGUUCUAUAGUGUUCCUCACCACGGUACCUUUAUGGCAGAGUACUCAGUCAAUGUUAGAUAUCUCCUCUUUCCAUCUAUAGAAGUCAGAGAACUUUGUAAAGACUCACCAGCACUGCGAAACCUGAAUGAGAACUUCCUGAACAUGGCCAAAGAAAAGGAAUUCAAGGUGCUGAGUUUUGCAGAGAAGCUGCCAACAAACAUUGGACCCAUGAUCAAGAUACUCGUGGUACCGACACAGUCAGCAAAUCUCGGCAUCGGGGACCUCAUCGAGGUGGACGUAGAUCAUCUUAACAUCUGCAAGCCAGAGAAGAAGGACUCAUUUUUGUACAAGCGCAGCCUCCAGUUUAUCCAGGAAGCACUGCAGAGCUACAUCAGCCACUAACUAAAAUAUAUGAACACAAACACUGAUACAUGUUUACUUGAAAUGGAGGAAAUCACCGUCACCCACCCCACCCCUGAACCAAGAGGAAACAUAACUGCCUCUCCUUGUUGCACAUAAUGUGAUCAUAUCAUAAUUAGGGAAAUUACAUUAAUUUUACACAUUGAUUUUUGUGAAGAAUUGACAGUUAUGAUGAAAGAAACCUGGGAUUUUUAUUUUGUUUUCCUAGUCAUCCUAUUAGAUUGGUCUUUCUCACUGCAAAGUUGUUGAAUUUUAAAAUUUCUGUAUUUUUAAAAGAACAAUGUUUACAGGUUCAGUUAAUUAAAUAUUCUAACUUUUAUUUUAAGGCACUUUGUUACAUUUCAACUUAGUAUGUUAAGCUGGUUAGUCUAUCAUUAUACUAUAUUUAAUUAAAGAAGCACUGACAUGUUAUUGCCAUUUAUGUUCCUUAGUAUUUUGACCAGUGAUAGAUUUAUUUCUAAAUGUAUGUAUUUUAUUUAACUAGAGGAUUAUAGUUCUAUUGUCUGCCAAAAUAUAGGCUAUUCCUUCCUGUACCUCAAAUGGACCUGUAUUAAUAUUCAUUCAGUUUGCUUUAUUUAUGGGACUAAGCUCAAAUUGCCACUAGCAAUGCUGACAAUGAAUAAAUGUAUGAGGUUGGAGGCUUUAUUUGACUUGUCUAUGCACUGAAUCAUAGUCAUUUCAAAGCAGCUUUGCAAUGUAUAGCACAUCUGAAUGUGUUUUUUCUUUUUACAAUAUUAAUACUUGAGUGUUCUGAAAUAUACAAUGCCAUGCUUUCCCCUUCAGUGGUAAAACUGAAGAAAUAAACGACAUUGUUCUUAAGCAAUGUGACCAUAUAAA